AUGCUUCCUUCGCCGUCGACCGGCAUUACCACUAGCAGACCGCCCCCAUCUACCUUUACCACCUCCGUCACGGCUCCAGGUCCAAGUCCAAUCAUCCCAACUCCCACUAGCACCACUCCAGCUCCUGGCCCUGCUGCAGCUGUUGCAGGGGCGGCUACCCAGCCCACCCUGAAGCGACCGGCUGCAUCCGACCUGCAGCGCAGUGCCGGCGCCAGCGCCACCCCAUCCAAGAGGCAAGCUACUGCUUCUAGUAAUAAUAACACACGAACGAUCCCGAAUCCGAGUCCAUUUCAGACUCCAUUUCAGAGUCCGUUUCAGAUGCCCGCAGCUUCCUCCUCAGCAGCUGCUGCGCCCCGGACCCAGCUUCAGUUCCAACCUGCCAUGCCCUUGCCUAUGCCCGCUGUCGUCACCGAGGAUCAAUUGCAAGGCCGGUCACCUGAGCAGUUGAUCGCCACCAUCCUCCAGAUACAGGCCCAGAACCAACAGUAUGUCGCGCAGAUCAACGCCCAGUACGAUAACAUCAACCAGCAGCUGAACGAGCUGAGGGGCAGUCUGGUGGCCUCCCACCAAGCCGCUGCGUCUGCCCUGACAUCCCGAGAACCCGUGAUGCGAAGUAUCAUACCUCCUCCGCCGCCUCCGCUGCAGACGGCUGUACCCCUGCCGCAACCGCCGACUAUCCAGACCCCAAGCCGUCCUUCUCGGGCUCCGCCAGUCUCUCCCAGUCAUCAACAUGCUGUAUCCAGGCCAUCUGUUCCAGCCCUGCAGUCUCCAGCUGCCGGCCCUCCGCAGUUCGACUACCGCACUGUGGCCACGGUGGAGGAGGUGUGGAAAGAGUAUCGAGAGGGCAUGGACGGUCAGCCGGCCAUCGAAGCGUUAGACGCACAGUGGGGUUCGAGAUGGCGACCCGAGCCGCGAGGCCGAACAUGGUAUUCGAGACGAAAGGUGAUAUGGGACAAGAUCAAAGAUUACAUCGCCGAAGGGAUGGAUGAGGCCGAGGCGGUCCGAGAGGUAGAGAUGCUACGCGACGGCGGGACCAUCAACAAGCUUAUUCGCAUGUUGCAGGACGAGCGGAAAGACAAAGGCAUUGGGGAUGACAGUAUGGUGGGCUAG